ACCACUUUCAGACACAGGACUCCGCAGAGGUCAUCUUUCAACACAGGACCCUGGCCAGCCAACUCUUUCCACAAAUAGUUAUAAAAUCACCUCCUCACAUGUGGCACAGAGUGCAAGGACCUGCGUAAGGAUCCCGGCUCCCCACCUGCAGGGGAGUCACUUCACAGGCAGUGAAGCAGGUCUGCAGGUGUUUAUCUUUCUCUCCCCCACUCUGUCUUCCCCUCCUCUCUCCAUUUCUCUCUGUCCUAUCUAACAAUAAAAAAAAAAAAGAAGGGCAACAAAAAAAGGAAAAUAAAUAUUUAAAAAAAAAUUUUAAAGGCACCUCCUGGCUGGCUUUCCUGCCCACCAUGUAGCCUCAGCCAUGGGGAAUUGGAGCGCUGUGGCUGAAUUCACCCUUACUGCCUUCCCAGCUCUCCUGGAACUUAGAAUCUUUCUCUUUGUGGUUCUCUUGCUGACUUACAUCUUAACAGCCAUGGGGAACGUCAUCAUCAUCACCCUGAUAUGGACAGACAGUCGCCUCCAAACCCCAAUGUACUUCUUCCUCAGCAACCUGUCCUUUAUGGAUAUUCUCUACACCACUGUGACCACCCCCAAGUUGCUCGCCUGUCUGCUAGGAGGGAAGAAAGCCAUCUCAUUUGCAGGCUGCAUCACCCAAACCUAUUUCUAUUUCUUCCUGGGGACAGUGGAGUUCAUCCUCCUGGCAGUGAUGUCCUUCGACCGCUACGUGGCCAUCUGCAACCCCCUGCGCUACACCACCAUCAUGAGCAGCAGGGUCUGCCUCCUGCUGGUGCUGGGCUGCUGGGUGGGGGCCUUCCUGUCGGUGCUGUGCCCGACUAUUGUGGUGUCCAGGCUGCCUUUCUGUUCCGAGGAAAUCAAUCACUUCUUCUGUGACAUUGCCCCUCUGCUGCAGGCGGCCUGCAUCGACACUCGCCUCAUUGAGAAGAUUAAUUUCCUCCUCUCUGCCUUGGUCAUCCUGAGCUCCCUGGCAUUCACCACUGGGUCCUACACCUACAUCAUCUCCACCAUCCUGCGCAUCCCCUCCGCCCAGGGUCGCCAGAAAGCCUUCUCCACCUGCGCAUCUCACAUCACCGUGGUCUCCAUCGCCUACGGCAGCAACAUCUUCGUGUAUGUGAGGCCCAGUCAGAGUCACUCACUGGACUUUGACAAGGUGGCUGCUGUCCUCAUUACAGUCGUGACCCCUCUUCUCAACCCCUUCAUUUACAGCUUGCGGAAUGAGAAGGUGAAAGAAGUACUUCGAGAGACAGUGAGCAAAAUCAUGUCCUGGCUGCUAAGGAAAGCUUAACAUCAGAGAGUCAGGCGGUAGUGCACCUACUUAAGUGCACAUAGUACUAAGCACAAGGACCUGUGCAAGGAUCUGGGUUCGAGCCCCCAACUCCCCACCUGCAGGGGAAAAGCUUCACAAGUGGUGAAGCAG